UGUUUCCAAAUAAUGUCGGGUGCUGGACAUAGGACAUUCUUACCCACGGCUCUAGACAUUCUCAUAUCUAGACUUCAGCUACGGGAUUUCAAAUCAUGCACCACUCGGGGUCGGCUCCGGAGCCAUAACUUCACUGCUAAUGUCCGGAUAGACUUUUUGAGAUACCCACACUCAUGACCAUAAUCUUAUCCUCUUAAAUUUCAAAAUUUCUUUUUCAAAGGAUCAAGCAACUUUCAAAGCUUACAUAAAAGAUUUUAUGAAGAAGGUUAUUGAGCACAUGCAGAAACAAGGAAAGUCUGCUGAACAAGUUGACGCUUUUAAGAAGAAAAUUCAGUCUUGGGUUGUUUCUUUGUUAGCUAAGGAUCGUUUCAAAACUCUUGCAUUUUUUAUUGGUGAGAAUAUGGCUGAGGGAAAGGGAGAAGGGCAAGUGGCAAUUGUUGAAUAUCGUCAGGAGGGUGAUGAGGAAGUUCCAACUCUAAUGCUAAUUAAAGAAGGUUUUGAAUUUUUAGAUAAUAUAUUUUUCUGUAGUAGAGCUUGGGUUGUUUCUUUGGUGGCAUAG